CGCAAUGUCCGUUCUGGUUUAAGUUCGCUGCGUCGCUAGGAUACAAGCUAAUGGGGGUGUGAUAUGCAGUAAGCGUAGCCUACCUGGUAAAAGUAUACAGGAGUGUGCGAACGCUGCUUCUCACUGCUUUCUGUCCAACAAUGGGACUUGGAGAACUGCAUCAUCCUGGGUGCCUAUCGAAUGAAAUGUGUAAUCAGUUCAGCUCAUGAUCGGUCCAGACAGGAUUAGGUUGCAGGCUGACCAGCUAAUGACUGUUGUCGCUAAUUUGCUGAACUGUGACUUCUAGUCGUUUGUUCGCUUGGGUAUGUAACGCCAGUCGCUGAUGGAUCAAUACAGCAUUUUGGGUAGGAUCGGGGAAGGGGCCCAUGGCAUCGUUUUUAAAGCCAAACAUAUCGAGACAGGAGAGACUGUGGCCCUGAAGAAAGUGGCCCUCAGAAAGCUGGAGGAUGGCAUCCCGAACCAGGCCUUGAGAGAGAUUAAGGCCCUACAAGAGAUAGAAGACAACCAGUAUGUGGUGAAACUGAAGAAUGUCUUCCCCCACGGUACCGGCUUUGUGCUGGUGUUCGAGUACAUGCUGUCUGACCUGUCCGAGGUCAUCCGCAACUCCCAGCGACCCCUCACCGAGUCCCAGGUCAAAGGUUACAUGAUGAUGCUGCUGAAGGGGGUGGCCUUCUGCCACGAGAACUCCAUCAUGCACCGGGACCUGAAACCAGCCAACCUUCUGAUCAGCUCCACCGGUCACUUGAAGAUCGCGGACUUCGGCCUGGCCAGGCUGUUCUCCAACGAGGGCCAGCGGCUCUACAGUCACCAGGUGGCCACCAGGUGGUAUCGAGCACCAGAACUCCUGUAUGGGGCCAGAAAGUACGAUGAAGGUGUUGAUCUCUGGGCAGUGGGGUGUAUUUUUGGGGAACUUUUGAAUAAUUCCCCGCUCUUCCCCGGGGAGAACGACAUUGAGCAGCUGUGCUGUGUCCUGAGGGUCCUGGGGACGCCCAACCAGCAAGUGUGGCCGGAGAUCACCGAGCUGCCGGAUUACAAUAAGAUCACCUUUAAGGAGAACCCCCCCAUCCCGCUGGAGGAGAUUGUUCCGGACACCUCCGCGCAGGCCGUGGACCUGCUGAAGAAGUUCCUGGUGUACCCGUCCAAACAGCGGAUCAGAGCCAGUCAGGCUCUGCUGCACCCGUACUUCUUCACGGACCCCCUGCCGGCCCAUCACUCUGAGCUCCCCAUCCCUCAGCGCGGGGGAAAACGCAACCACCAGCGGCUGCAGCCCCCCUACGAGUUCUCAGUGGACCGGCCCCUGCACGAGAGCUUGGUGGAUCCCGGACUGAUCCAAGGGCACGCGUGGGGGUGUUUCUGACAGGCGUCCAUGUUCAUCCACAGCAAAUAUGCGUUUUAGUUGUUCUUGGGUGAUAUGGAAACACACAGUAGUCAUUUAACGUAAUUCUAUCUUACUGUUUUGAAGCCUGAAUAUUCGAAAUCGCUGCACUACGUUUUUUUUUUUUUCAGGAUUUGAACAUUCCGUGAAAGACACAACCAUCAGUUCCUAAAAAUGUGUAAUUAUGUUUCUCCUGGCCGUGUGUAAUGCCAGAUCUUCUGUUUGUGUUAUUGGUGAUUUUUCUCUGAAAUGGCUUAACGCUCUAAUUUGUGCAGUUGAUCUAGAUUUUUUCUUGGAUAUAUAUUUGAGUUAGUCUUGUCUAAAACCAAAAACAAACAAACAAAAAAAAAAAGACCAAUAAGGAAUGUUGCUUUCCAGGAAAUGAUUUGGGCACGCCUGGCUGUUUGUCAGAAUCCAGCGGUGAUGGCUGAUUCUUGCGCGGUUAUAUCAACGAUCGCCUCCGCUCCGAUCCCUGGAUUGCUGUGGUCUUUGCAUCCCUGAGCAGAUAACCGUUUUUUUUUUUUUUUUUUCCUUUAGAGACGCGCGACGCGCUGAUAAGCUCGCCGUGGUCUGCCCAGCGAGAGUCGCGGAGCUGGGUAGGCCGACCGCGCGGCUGGCUCUGCUCGUUUCGACCGCGGUCGCGAGGCUCCUCUGCGCGGAGGGCGACAGUGACUCCCUCAGGGCGUGUCUCUGUCUGUUAAGGGCGUGGGCGCAGAAACAGUCGUGCCCAGUAAAAAUUAAAAAAGAAAACUUAAAGUCUGUCGCAUUUAAAUUCUUUGUGCAUUUGUGUUGUUUGAUUCCCAGUGCUGCAUGUGAAGUGUUUAAGUGUUUCUUGUGAAAGCUGAGAAUUCGUGUGCGCUCUGAAUCUUGCUGUGUUCUUUCCUCACUCUUGAACCUGUCUUGGCGGUUGUGGUUUUGAGGUCAUUGAUCAAGCUUUUUAUUUAAAGGUUGUGAAACCUUUCCUCAGCAGAAAUCUCUUCAGUUGUUUCACUCACGCACGUGCACACACACACGUACAUAUUCACUUUCUCACACACGCACACACACACACACACACACACGUACAUAUUCACUCUCACACACACACACACACCUACACACACACAGACACACACAUGCAUGCACACACUCACGCAUGCACUUCAGCGGACACACAUGCACAGACACACACAUGCAUGCACACACUCACGCAUGUACUUAAGCGGACACACAUGCACACGCAUACACACACGCAAAAAAAACACACACACACUGUCAUUGGUGAUUGCUGAGAGGUUUGGUGUAGUAUGUCUGGUGUUCACUCUGUUCCUGUGAAUAAAACUAUCUGGGGUAAAAAUGGCUGCAUGUGAAUGAAGCUGAGAGAUGAGUUUGACAGACAGGCAGCGCGCACUUACAGAGGAGAGAUGGCGGGGUGGGGGGUGUUGAGGGGGGGGGGGGGAACGGAGACAGUGACAGAGGGCGUACGGCUGGGCAGAGCUCACAGUUGUGUUUGGGCAUCCCAGAAUGCCUCAGCAGGCUGUGUGUCGCAGAGAUAAGGCUCUUUCACAGAAGCCUGUUUCUGCUGAACGUGAGGCCCUGAGCUUUGAGUGACCUCCAGCCCCAAACCCACACUGCCUGUCUUUCUGCCGUGUGUUUAAUUCUCCUGUUUCUCUAAAAUGCUCUUCAAUUUUACAGUAUUUCAAUUUACAGUUUCACAGUUCUUUCAAAACGGUGUCGAAAGUAAUGUAGAACAAUGGUAAUAACUAAUUUCCUAUAAAUUAACAGGGUUUUACAGCUAAGUGGCAGUUUUUAUGAGGAUUUAUACAGUUUUUUUCUGUUCGUUAAAUGGGUUUUCACUGGAAGCAGCUGUUUCGGGAGUCAUGACACAAGCUGGGUCAUCUGUUCUUCCUGUCUCCAGUUCUGCGUAUUAAAAUUGGCCUGGUGAAUCACACGCUCUCGCUCCCUUUCUGACAGUCAGGGCUGAGUGUGCAUUUUUGGAGUUGUUUAUGACGGUGUCACUUCGUGCCACAGCACCCCCCCUCCACCCCUAGCCCCCCCCCGUGUGUGUGUUGUACCGUGGGCAUUCCAUCACCCAGCCGAUUUCACUUCGCUUUUUCGGCUAUGUUUACAGACGUGGCGUGAAGAGAAGGUGGUGCUGGAGUGGAGCUCGUUUGCAUUUCUUUGUCAGGGUAGUGUGCGUGGGACGCGGAGGAGAGGGCAGCUGUGGUGUGAGGGAGUGUGUGUGUGUGUGUGAGGGUGUGUGUGUGUGUGUGAGGGUGUGAGUGUGUGUGUGAGAGUGUAUGUGAGGGUGUCUGUGUGUGUGCGCCUGACUGUGCGUGUGUUUGUGUGUGUGUGAGGGUGUAUGCGAGUGUGUGUGUGUGUGUGAGGGUGUAUGCGAGUGUGUGUGAGGGUGUGAGAGUGUGUGUUAGGGUGUAUGUGAGGGUGUCUGUGUGUGUGUGUGCGUGUGUAUGUGAGGGUGUCUGUAUGUGUGUGCGCCUGCCUGUGCGUGUGUGUGUGUGAGGGUGUGUGUGUGUGUGUUCGCCUGCCUGUGUGUGUGUGUGAGUGUGUAUGCGAGUGUGUAUGUGUUUGCCUGCCUGUGUGUGUGUGUGAGUGUGCGUGUGUAUGAGGGUGUGUGUGUGUGUGUGUUCGCCUGCCUGUGUGAGUGUGUGUGUGUGAGGGUGUGUGUAUGCGAGUGUGUUGUGUUGUGUGUGUGUGUGUGUGAGUGUGUGUGUGUGUGUGUGUGUGUGUGUGUGUGUGUGUGUGUGAGUGUGCGUGUGUGUGUGUGUGUGAGAGGGUUCAUGUGCACUGUGGGGAGUUUCUGCGCUCGUGUUUGUGUUCAGUGAGUGUCAGCCCGUCUGUCUCUCUCCUUUCGUUUUGAUAACCCUUAUCAGACGUCCCCAGCCACGUCCCUCGCCUUCUCCCUCGUCUUACAGACCUAACUGUACACACAUCAUCCCUCUCUUCUCUCCUCUCUCUUACCUCCUCACUUUCCUGCUGUGUAAAGUGAAGCAGGGGCAUUUAUCGCGUAAGUCCCCCCCCCACCCCCCCACAAAUUUUGGACACAAACGCACAACUUAAUUUAGCCUGCAUUCCACAAAAGCUUACAGGGAAACACUCCACCGUUAUCUUUCCACACGCAAAGGCAAGUCAGAUUUGUUCGUCCCAGUUACUAUUAAUACCUCGGUUUCUUACAACUGUCUACUAUGUGUUGUUGAGUUUUGGAACGUUUUGUGAAAAGCGUUGAAUGCAACUACUCCAAUAAUAUAAAUGGACAUGGAUUUCCAUUCAGGUGCGUGGUUUAUAAUCGAGUGUACGGCAUUGGCUCAAAUUAAGUCCAACUAGCUUGUUAAGUGUUAAGUUCGCUAACAAUAUUGAAAUACGUGAGUCGCUCUUCAGGCCCGAAAACAAUUUCAACGACAGGCGGACGUGAUAAAUCUUACGAAUGUUGAUAAUCUGCAUUUACAUGGAAGUCAACUGUUGCAUUUGGAGAAUGAAAAAAAAAAAAAAACGCGUGGCGAAAUUCAAAUGUUGAAAUUGAAUCCCUGGGUUCUGAAGAAGGUGCCCACUCAACUGCCCGCUGCGCCGUCGUAUAUCAGUUACCAGUUCGGAGGUUCCUGUCCCCCUUUUUAGUUCCUUAUUUCCCUGAAAACCGUAAACAUACAAAUGAGGAGGAAAUGAAAGGUUGGGGGGGGAGGGAACUUUGCCUAGCAAAUGACUUCCACAGUGCGGGUUCUGUCUGUCGCUCCCGUGGCUGUGCCAAGGCUGUAUCUGCUGGCGUCAUUGCUGCGCUUGUGGCAUUUGCAUUGGUUUUCCCCACCGCGGAGUGCAGCCGCAGUGAAGUGCUCCUCUUUGCAUCUUUAUUGGCUGUAAAAUGCCAGGAGCGACCUUCUGAGGGAGCCUAUGUGAACAGAGUUGAGAAACGAGUGGGAAAGAGUUUGUCUCUGGUUUUCCUUUUUGGAGAAUUGAUUAUUUACCUAUAAAACAUGUAAAAGAACUGAGAGGAA